AUCUUUUGUUGUCAAGAUGGACUUGCUUAAAGGCGGAUUUUAAGGUGAUAAUUCUGAUGGAGAUAGCUUAAGAUAAUCUUGGACUACUGAAGAUAGUCUAAGUAGAACUUCAAGCUAUGAUGCCGCUGAAGAAGUUAAUGAUCUAGAGGAAAGAAUCUGUCAAUACUUAAAUGAUUUAAACAUCUAAUCAUUUACAAAUCCAACUCUCAAAGAAGAAAUGUACAACCUUAAAUUGAAACAAAAAUUAGUAAUUUUUUAAAAUAUAUCUGUAGUUUUCAAAAAUAAUCUCAUUAUCUAAUACAAAUCACAGUACUCUCAUGAAAAAACGUUCGCUACUCUUUGCAGACUGAAUAUUGCCAUUUUUCCCAUACUAU